CACUACACCACAUCUCUCUCUCUCUCCUCCAUUUUUUUGUGAAUGUUAUGAGGAUAUAUGAUUUAGGUACCUUCUGAAGCCUAGCCUAGCUCUGAAAAAUGGGAAGAAAAUGCUCACAUUGUGGAAGUGCUGGCCACAAUUCAAGAACUUGCACCACUCUCAAAGCAGCUUCUUCCCAUCAUCAUCAUCAUUAUCACAGCAGUAGCAGCAGUGUUAAUGUUGGAGGGCUGAGGCUUUUUGGAGUUGAACUUGAAAUCUCUUCCUCUUCUUCUUCCUCUGCCAUGAAGAAAAGUUGCAGCUUGGAUUGCUUGUCUUCUUCUUCAUCUCUGUCUUCUUCCCAAUUCUCUGCCAAUGAAAUCUCUGCAGCAGAGAAGACAUCUGUUACCUUCCCAGCUAAUGCUGAUGCCACCAUUUUUGAAGCUAAAGAAAAGAAGAAAGGAGUUCCGUGGACAGAAGAGGAACACAGGACAUUCUUAAUUGGACUAGAAAGACUAGGAAAGGGAGACUGGAGAGGGAUUUCGAGAAACUUUGUGACUACAAGGACUCCAACCCAGGUUGCCAGUCAUGCUCAGAAGUAUUUUCUCAGAUCACAGGGCGGUCUAAAUAGUAACAACAACAGCAAGAGUCGCCGCCGUGCUAGCCUCUUUGACAUGGUGGAGCACAGCAUCAAAUCACAGCAGGAAUUGGAAGAUGAUGAUCAAGAACACACCCCAAACAAGCACUGUUCACCUAAUUCUUUCUUGCAGGCUCAUGAUAACAUUAAUGCAGCUGGGAAAGCCCUAAAUUCUAGGGUUAUAAUGUCAUCAUCAUCCACUGGCUCCUCUUCAUCAAAUGCAGCACUUCUUGAUUUGGAGCUCACCAUUGGAGCUCCCAAGAAUGUGUAGCUUUCUCCAUUGCACAGCUCAUCUGGUCGACCAAUCAGUUUGUUUCGUGGGUGGGCACUCACAAUGUGUAGGGUUAGUUUGAUUCCUACUAGCUGGGAGGUAUAGAUCAGAAUCGACUUGUUACAACUUGUUACAGGUAUCAGUGUACAAGCACUUUGAAAAAUCUGUAAACCCUUAAGGCACUUCGGCUCCUAGGUUGUCGGUAUGUAUGUAGUUUGUGUAUCUUUAAUAGCAUUGUGGCUGUGACCAUGAAUUACAUUCUUUAAUUCCACUAAUCUUCAAUUUGUUUCGCUUA